AUGGACAACGAGGCCGGCAUCCCAGACUUCUCUUACGCCUAUGGCGGCGCAUCGUGGAACCCGGCAUUGCGGUCGGACGCCGAAGGAGACCCUGCCCCCGAGCCGCCCUCGGAACAUGGAGAGUUACCUUCAGCGGCAUCUCUGCGAGCUAAGGCGCAUACCGGCCUUGGGCUUGCGACCGAACAGGAUGAACUUCCAGCGCGGCAUCACGCUCUCGAUAGGCUAGAUGCCCAGCACGCGGUAUACAAAGAGCCCACUUCGGACGACGACUUCUUCGAUCGCUAUGGUGCCCCCGCAUACGACCUGCCAGCGGCACACCUAGUAUCGACACAGCAGGCCGCACAUUCAGGGGUGCCGGGACCAACAGGAGGUGGUGACCAGCCAAGUUGGAUGGAUAAUACUGGUUCUCCACCCAUAGGACAGGGCAUGGAGAUGGAGGCUGAGCCGCCACAAAACGAAGACAUAUCCGUAGUGGCUUCGCGGCACCCCUUCAACUCUAGUCCGCCAGUUGCAGAACCGGAGAGGGAAGAGGCCGAACCUCCGCCAGAGGAGAAUUAUGAACACCAGGGUGAAACCACCUUGCUUGAAGAGGCGGUCAACGAAGACGUUACGGAACCAUUCUUCGACCACGCAGAUCAACAGGAUGUUGCACUCAGCGCAACUGGAGCUCCUCUUGUCGAGGACGACGCGAACGCCGAAGAGGAUUCGGAGUCGGAUCAAGAAAUCAGCGAGCCUACUACGGAUCUUGAGGCGGUUAAGAUGCAGCCAUCUUCUGAGCAUCGUGAAGAAACAGGUGUAGGUUCUGAAACAGCAGCAGGCAUUUCUGGUGCGGUUGCGUCCGAUUGGGAAGCUACAGGACUCUCAGGCGGAGGUGAUUCCACGUCCUGGCUUCAAUCCGCGACAACCGAAGGAAGGUCCACAACUGCUACAAGCGGGAUGGGUUGGGGCCGGUCUCGUGAUGCACCUGUAUUCGAUGGGACCUUUGAACAGCAGCGGGCUCUUGAUCAGAACGGAUUGGUUUCAACGGAAGACGAUACAGCAGCUAGGGAAGGCGAUUCAUUACUUGGCGAGCCGAAGCCAUUCGCUGUUGAUUGGGAUCAAUUCGGCGACGAUGGCUUCAAUUUCAGCAGUGGUGUUGUACAGGCCCGAAACGAACCUCAAGAAUCUCAACUAGACAGCACUAUACAUCCAGGAUCUGACACUGACGCGCCACGUGCUUCUAUAGAGAUUGAUCCGAGCAUGCAACCGUCGACUGAGCAGGACCUGGAUGCAAUGUGGAAAGCCGCCUUGGAAGACGACGAUCUUUUAAUAGAUGAUGCCACUACCGCACACCCCGGCGUGUUUUUAUUCGAUGAUGAUGGAGAAGGCUUUCUUCAAGAGGAUGCAGGCGUACCGGCGCACCAAGAUGGGAACGAACUGCUCCCGAUAGCCGGGGCGAACGGUAUCUCCGCAGUGUCCAUGGAGAAGUAUGCACCUGUAUCUACGCAGCGGGCGGCGCCCGCAACCACCAACCCCUAUCUGCCGCAGAGUCCUCAGUUCUCCGAUUUUUCAAAGACUGACCAACGACCCGCAACCUUGAGGAACCAAACUUCUGCCUACGGUGCCUACUCAAACGCAGCGUACGGGCAACCGGCCCCAUACCAGCAGCAACAGACCAGACCACCCGCAGUGAGCUCUGCACAAAGUUUUGCCGACAAGGCGAAAGGGGGCUACCACUCGCCUUAUGACCUCCCGGAAGACAUCUCAAAGCCUCGCCGACGGGCACCGGUACAUGCUACGCCUAUCGCUCAGCCUACACCUCCACCGCCGCGUAGUAGCAGCAUGCAGUCGAACAUGUCUGCCGGCCCGUCCAGGCCGCAAGCACCGCCUGUUUCGAACAUGUCCUCCACAACUUUGUCACCACCGUCGUCCAGCCACUCGACUCAAGCCCCGGCAACCGCUCCGGCUUACGAUACCGGCACUGUUCGUCGCACUACGCAGCCUACUCCAAAGCCGAGCGCUAGUGAUUUUUUUGCAGACCUACCGGUCGUGACCAAGCCUCGACCGUCGGGAAGAUAUACGCCGCAGGUUACGGCUCCCACGCCCCCUCAAUCACAGGGUCCACCGCCACUGCCGCCGAAUCGUGCUUCAUCUUUCAGUGCUCCAACCCAGCAGAUGCAACCGCUCACUCCACCUUCAAUUCCUCAGUUUCAGCCGCCUGAGCGACUUCCCGCGUUUCCAGAUCGGCCUUCAGUGCUCCCUCGUACGACGACAAUGCCAGCCCCGCCGCAAGUGUCACGGCAGUACUCUCCAGCACCGCCGGCGGUCCCACCUGUCAAUGCACGAUACUCGCCCGCCCCUCCUGUUGUUCCAUCAGCAGGACCGCGGUACUCGCCUGCUCCCCCCCCCGGCCCUGCUUCAUCCGUGCAUAACAGAUAUGUUGCUGAACAGGGUGCCCCGCCAAGACCUGCUCCUCAGCCUUUUGCACCAAGGACGUCAAGCCCCCUUGCGCACCACACGACCCCACAGCAACAGCCGCAGCCUCCACCAUUUUCACGCUCGGUGUCAGUUCCUGAUGCCCAGCUACAAGCAGCUAGCAUGCGGAGCGUAGACAACCGGACGGCAGCUAUAAUGGAAGAAAGCCUAGAUGAAGUUGGGGAACUUCACCAGUCAGCACAAGUGACCAGCCCAUCAGCUGCAUCGAUGCACUACCAAGCAGAUGCUCCAUCCAAGUCCACGACUCCUCCGCCUCCGCCACCCAAGAGCGGACCUCCUUCUGCUGCAAGUUCACCCAGGAAGCAGUCAAAGUACGCGCCUCAGCAUCAGCCCUCCAUCCCGAGCUCUGAACCUGGAUUUGCCCCACCUCGAAGAUCACAAACUCAGUCUCCAGGUGCGACAAUGAAGAGACCAAAGUUAACAGGAUUGAUCCCGAUCGAGCGACCCGCUUCUGUACACGGUCCUACGUCGCCGACUUCUGCCGCUGCAGUACCUGCCAUUCCUCAGACUCUUCCUCACCGACGAGGCUUCUCACAAGACAUAUCUUUCAUUACGCCCACAGACGAACGGGCACAGGAUCCGCUUGAACGAUGGAAAGGCUGCCCAAUCUUUCGCUGGGGGCUCGGUGGUACUGUCGUCACGACCUUCCCCAAGCAGAUCCCUAGAUAUGGCGCCGGUCAUGCUGGCCCGAUGAUAAAAUGCAGCCCAGGCGAGGUGAAGCUGCAAAGCGCCAGGGACUUCAGCCCCUUUGAUGAAAAACUUGCCAGGUUUCCCGGGCCUCUAAAGGCAAAGGGGAAGAAGAAGGAUGUCAUCACGUGGCUCAAGACAAGUAUUGAGAGCAUGGACAAAGACCUACAGUCUUCCAUCCUUCACAGCCCUAUGCCUGCAGACGCGCUCAAACGCUACGAGGAGAAGAUCUUGCUAUGGAAGGUCAUGCAGUUGCUCGUAGAACACGACGGCCACCUUGAGGGGAAUGACGCUGUCCAGCAAGCUGUGCGAAAGGUUCUUUCGCCGGAGUCUGAGAAGGCCGAGGUCGCAACCGAUGCUUUUGCUACCGGCGCGCAGUUAGUGGGCAUGGCGCCGACAACCGGGCCACAGGUACAAGCCGACCCUGUGGACCCGCGGGCUCUCGAUGAGCUACGCACAUAUCUCGCCAAGGGAGAUCGGAAGGGCGCGGUGUGGCAUGCUGUCGACCAGAGAUUGUGGGCUCAUGCCAUGCUUAUCUCGUCAACACUGGAAAAGGACGUCUGGAAGCAGGUCGCGCAAGAGUUUGUGCGACAAGAGGUCAAGAAGUUGGGCGAUAACACGCAGCCCCUUGCAGCAUUGUACGAGAUCUUCGCCGGCAACCUCGAGGAGAGCAUCGACCAGCUUGUGCCAGCAUCAGCACGGGCCGGGUUCCAGAUGGUCAGCAAGGCUGAAGGCGUUGGUUCGACGAAGAACACGCUCGAAGGCCUUGACCGCUGGCGCGAAACACUCGUAUUAGUCCUCAAUAACCGCAGUGAGAGCGAUGUCACAGCUAUUCUUACUCUCGGCAAGUUGCUCGCAGGCUAUGGGCGGAUCGAGGCAGCCCACAUCUGCUUUCUUUUCGCGAGAAACAUCGUCUACCUGGGCGGCGCGGAUGACCCCCAGUCUAAUAUGGUGCUCAUCGGCGCAGAUCACGUACAUCAGCCAUUCGACUUCUCCCGAGGCAUGGAAGCCAUCUUGCUCACUGAAGUCUACGAGUUCGCCCUUCUUCUCUCUUCAGCGGCACCAGCCAUUCCUCAUUUGCAGGCAUACAAACUCCACCACGCAACGAUUCUUGCAUCGUACGGCUAUCGCAAUGAAGCACAGCAGUACUGCGACGCCAUCGCUGCUGCGUUCAAGUCAACUACAAGAAUGUCGCCGUAUUAUCACCCCAGCUUAAUUGUUGCACUAGAUGAUCUAUCCAGACGUCUUUCACAGUCACCACAAACGGACGGCAACUCAUGGAUUUCCAAGCCAAGCGUGAACAAAGCUUCAGGCUGGGCGAUGGCGAAGUUCAACUCCUUUAUCGCCGGCGACGAGAGCGAUGCUGCGAGUACCGGCUCCGGUGGAGCUGCUGGCGCCGAAGUCGGUCCCUUCGCCAAGGUCGCCGGAGGCACUCCCACAAUCAGUCGCAACGCGUCGGCUACUGAUCUUUACGGAUCUUAUACUGGCGGUAGUGGAAUGAUGAUGUCUCCUUCGUCCACGACAACCGCCGGUAACUCGAGAUAUGCGCCUGGCGGCGGGGCAUACACGCCGCGUACUUCCUCCGACCACCCUUCCUCGUCCCGCUAUGCUCCUGGGGGCGCGCAGGCGUAUCAGCCUAGCAGGCCUUCAGUCGAGUCUCAGCGCUCCAAUGAUGGCGCCCAGCGACGCGGCUCAGGCCUGGGUCUCACGAUGCAACGACGAUCAGAGUCGCCGGAAUUACAGCAAACGCAGUCCAAUACCUACCUGCCGUCCCCACAGUACAGUCCGCCAAGACGGAGCUUGCAGGCGCAGCAGCAGGGUGGCAUACAUUCGUCUAGCAUGAGGGCAGAAACCAGUCCGUUGCGAGCGGAGUACGGAAGUCCCUACAUGCCCACGCCACCGGUUGAGGACCCCUCGCACCUUGCUGAUGCUGAAGGCUAUAUGCCGCAAGACUAUCAGCCGCAGAAUUCAGAUCACGAUCCUGCUGCAUCUUCCUUUGACUCCCCUGCCGCCUCUUAUGAGCCUCCGACAUCCUCCUACGAACCACCCUCCUCGAGUUAUGAACCGCCGUCCUAUCAGCCCUACGAACCGGAGCCGCCGCAAGCCGACACACGAGCCUCUGACGAUAACUCUUCAGCUCAGCCAAAGAAGAAAUCGUUCAUGGAUGACGACGAUGAUGACUUUGAGCGGCGCGCAGCCGAGCUGAAGAAGCAGCAGAAAGCCCAAGCCGACCGGGAAGCAGACGAGGCUUUCCGGAAGGCUGCGGAAGCCGAUGCAGCAAAAGACGCUCCCAAGAAAGCCACUACCGGCUGGUUCGGCUGGCUCAAAAAAUCCGAAGCGACGGACGCGCCCAACAAACCCAUAAAAGCCAAGCUCGGCGAAGAAAACUCCUUCGUCUAUGACCCCGACCUCAAGAAAUGGGUCAACAAGAAAGCAGGAGCCACCGCCGCCACCCCUACAGCCGCGACACCUCCCCCACCAAAAGGUCCUCCCAUGCCACGCGCUGCAAGCGGCGGCGUCACUGCCGGCUCAAUGCCCCCGCCAGGCGCACCGGGCAAACUGGGUCCACCUCCCGGCGCCCUGGCGUCGCGGAGCGCGAGCAUGCCUCCCCCUUCAGGGCCGCCUCUCUCGCGGUCCGCGACCCCCGCACGCGAAGGCUCGCCCGCGUCGAACGCGGAUGGAGACGCGCCGCCGCUUAAGCCGCAGGGUGUUGCGGCGUUGAAUGGGCCGCCGAGUGCGCCGCCCAGCCGACCGGGUACGAGCAUGAGUAACGCGAGUAGUAUUGAGGAUUUGUUGGGUGCGGCUGCGCCGAGGAAGGGGGGGACGGUUAAGGGGAAGAAAAGGGGUGGACGGUAUAUUGAUGUUAUGGGGCAGAAGUGA